CAUUCAAAAAUUAGGACCACCACCGCGUAGGCCUUGAACCAGCACCACCACCGCCACCAUAGAUAUGGUGGAGCUUCUUUCUGGUUGGGAAUGUGAAUAUCAGGCAUAUCAUGUUUGGUUGUUUGUUUAGUUUGACAAAACUGAGGGUGCUGGUAAUUGUUCUCUUGACUUUUGUACAACCUCAUGUGUAUACUUCUUCAGUUUUUUAUCACUCUUGAGAUACGUAAAGAAGAUCAUGCAUGCAUUUCUAUUUUUGGCCAAAAAAAAUAGUCAAUAUUCGAAGGAGUGUAAAUACACAUAACUAAAAAUAUCUUAUUACGUAGACAACCAAGCUACACAAGCUAUUAUUUAUAAGGUGUAAAUCAACGCAAGAAAAAUCCCUGUGUCUAAACCACCAACACGACCCAACGCCUGAAUUUGUCCCUAAGAAUGAAUAUUCAUGUAGACGAACCACUAACACCGGCUGGCCGCGUGUUGGUGCAGCCGGCAAUGGAUCAGAUCAUCAACUGCGUUCUCGGACUGGAUCGCCCUGUCGGAAUACAACUUGUACGAUCUGUCAUCUCUGAUUCUCUCAUUUUAAACCACCCAAGAUUCACCAGCCUUUUGGUCAAAGAUAAUCACGGCCGUGAACGAUGGAAAAAAGUCGAACUCGACAUCGACCGGCAUAUCAUCUUUCUCCCUGACGCCGUUGACGGCAGCAACGAUGACGACGAGGCGGCAGUCAACGACUACAUCGCCGACCUAACAGUCUCAUGUCCGCUCAGCACCGAUAAGCCUCUGUGGGAGGUACAUAUCUUGCCGGCACACAAGUGCGUCGUGCUGCGUCUCCAUCACUCGCUUGGUGACGGAGUGUCUCUCCUUUCGUUGAUGUUGACUAUGUGUAGAAAAGUCAGCGACGCCGAUAAGAUGCCGACGAUCGAACUACCUCCGUCUUCUAGAAGCGACCGGAGAGAGAGUGCCGGAAAAAGAUUCUGGAAGUUGCUGAAAAUGAUAUGGUUUACGUUGAUUUAUACGUUUGAGUUUUUUUUGAGGUCUAUGUGGGUUCGGGACAAGAAGACGGUGAUGAGAGGCGGAGCAGGCGUGGAGUUGUGGCCGAGGAAACUGGCUACCGCCAGGUUUAGCCUUGACGAUAUGAAAAUGGUUAAGAACGCUUUCGUAAACACUACGAUCAACGACGUCCUUUUUGGUGUAAUAUCAUCGGGGCUAUCAAGAUAUCUGGAUGAUCACUCACCAAAACCUAUUAAAGAAGGGCUUCGAAUCACCGGUGCCGCCAUGGUUAAUCUAAGGCCAUCACAAGGACUCCAGGUAUUCACUGAAUUAAUGAAGAGUGGUUCAAAAUCAAGGUGGGGAAACAAAUUUGCUCUGAUGCUCUUACCAAUUUAUUACCAUAAAAAUGGGUCUGAUCCUUUACAAUAUUUGAAGAGAGCCAAGAUGAUGAUAGACAGGAAGAAGUUCUCUUUAGAAGCUUUUCUAUCGUACAAAAUCGGUUGCUUUAUUAUGAAAUGCUUGGGACCAAAGUUUGUAAGUUCGAUUAAUUACAGGAUAGCUUGUAACACUAGCUUCACAAUUUCAAAUGUGAUUGGCCCUAGAGAAGAGUUUAUGAUUGCAGGCGUCCCGGUUACCUACAUCAGAACCACGUCUUCAAGCUUACCACAUGCAAUUACUAUGCAUAUGGUGAGUUAUGCAGGAAAGGCAGACAUGCAAAUUCUUGUUGCUAAAGACAUCAUUCCUUACCCAGAAAAAUUAGCAAAAUAUUUCGAAGAUGCGCUGUUAGAAAUGAAGGAAGCUACAUUGAAAAUACGAUGUGAGUGUUAAAGUAAAACACCUAAAGCAUCCUCCUGUACACGUGCCUUGUGUAGGAUUGACUUGGUCAAUUAUGUUUAUAUCCUUUUACUUUCAAAGUCUUUAGCUUUUAUGUGUGGAGUUACUUUAGUGGUAGAAGUAAUCACCGUAUAUUUAGUCUUCAGAUGUUUAAUGUAGAAGUAACUGUGUAUCCUCCCUGUAACAUUAUAGAACCAGAGCAUUUUGAUUUGUGUAUGCAAAUUAAAAGAUCAAUAUAUCAACUUGUAAUGUAUAAUUAUAUAUUAUUAGGAGAAUAAAGGCUUACA